AUGUUCCGACAAAUACUGUUAGACAGACGACAUCGUAAAUGGCAACGAAUACUAUGGCGUGAAUCGCCAAAUGAACCUCUUCAAGUGUACGAAUUGAAGACGGUAAUUUAUGGAAUGGCUUGUAGCCCAUUCAACGCAAUACGCGCACUGCGCCAAUGUGCGAUUGACAAUUAUGAAGUCAUCUAUGACCCAAGCCGGGCUGCCGCAGCGCGUCAUAGCAUACUUUAUAAUUUCUACGUUGAUGAGUAUUUGGAUAGCGUCAACAGCGAUGAAUUUGCUAUUACCCGACAAUUAAUAUUGGGAAAAUGGAAUUCCAAUUGUACACAUGUAUUAUCUGCGAUAACCGGUACAAGUGUUUCUGCAUCAGAACUGGAGUUGAACAACUCAACAACAAAGGUAUUGGGUCUUUACUGGGAUCCAGUGAGCGACGAGCUCUUCUUCAAGGUAGGCUUACUUGACGACACUUCAAUGCACACCAAGCGAAAGGUUUUGAGUGAAGUGGCAAAAUUAUCCAUCUGGGUUAUUGGCACCCCUAGUCGUGGUGGCGAAAUUAUUCAUACAGGACUUGUGGAAGGUAUACUAGUGGGCUCUUUGGUGCAUUUAUACGGCUUUUACGAUGCUAGUCGUAAAACGUAUGCAUCCGUCAUAUACUUAUGUUCAAACAAUCGAUAA